AUUUUUUAUUCAAUAUAAUAUUCUCAUAAAACAUAAGAUACAACGAAAAUAUCAAGGAUCAUGUUUUAAUAAAUACAAAGUAAUAUAUACAACAUGUAUUUCAAUGAAAAUAUUUGUAUAUUUCACUUUACCGAUCACACUCGAAUCGAUUUAUUGAUAGAACUUGAAUUGGACAUAUAAACUCUUUUGUUUGCGGCUUGGUUGACAUGGUUACUGUUCAGCUUGAAUCACGUGAAUCAUGUUUUAUUUUGCAUGAAGAUCAUCAGCGGACCUCGAAUGAUCUUCAUGUUGCGAUGGCAAACCCGAAUGAGAUAAAUUCCAUCUGCGAAUGUCAAUAUACUGUCAAAGACGACAGUGCGAAUGACAUUUUCAACGCUCCUAACAUUCAUGAGAUUGACGAGGAGGACAGCGAGACCGAAGAAACAACAAUCUUGGAGCAGCCUAAUUCUUCUAUUCCAGUCAAAGAGGAUGAUCUCAUUACACAGGAGACCAAGGAUGUGUCCGACGACGAAUCAGCGUAUACAGACGAGUCCUUUUGCUCUGACGAGUCCUGCGACGAGUCCGAAGUCACCAACAUCGCGUCAAGAUCGCUGAAUCCUUCCUCUUUGCACGACAUCGCUAAUUUUCAACGCAGCCAGAGUUCGAAUGAGCAGGAUGCAGAUGUCAGCGAAUCAAUCUGGAAGGAUGAAUCAUAUUCGAUAAAUGAACCAUCUCGCGCGGCUACAGCGGAUAGAUUGAUCAGAUCGAAGAGAUGCAGACGGUGGAACAUGAGCUUCACUGACGAGGAGAUGCGUAAAAUCGAACGGGAAAACGAGCUGCUGCUGAGGAAGAUUAUGGCGCAGCAGAAACCUCGGCACAAGAUCCUCGGUGAACGCAGUGUUCAGCCUAGGAUCAGUAGUUCCGCGAUAAAUAGAAAGAAAUUGCAGAAGAGGAUAGAAGACGACAAUAUGUUGCUUCUCAAAAGGAUACAACAGGCCAAGUCGUGCGUUUUUGCGAAUGCAUCGAAAAUGGGUUGUAGAUUGACAUUUUUGUAGACAGCUUUUUUUUAUAAUUUAAAGAGUUUUAUAUCAUAUUUAGAAAUCGAAUCAAUCGCCUCUGCUAAUUAAUUUGAUAAAUUAAUAUUACAACUUUACAG